UCAAAACGUCAAAACUAGUUAACAAAAGCAAAAUAAAACUGCAUCAGCAAAAAAAAGUAAUAGUAUUUUAAUAUUAAUUCGACAACGAAAAUUUCCAAUCAAUAUGGAUGGUGGCUUUGAAGAAACGCUAAUGUAUAGUGGUUCAGAAAAUAGCGAUGAAGAGGAUGUAUCAAAAUCAAUCAACAAUCAGUUAUUAUCACCUGAAAAACCAACACUUGAAGCAUCUGAUGAAGAAGAUGACAUGAACAUAUCUGUUGUAAAGUCUAGAAAAACCACCAGAAUCUUGAGUUCCGAUGAUGACGAUGAUGAUAAGAUGGAAAAUGAUGAUGAAUUGCAAAAUAUGAACGAUAAAAAUGCAGCAGAAAAUCAAAGUGGUUUCAUAAUUCGUCCGUCAAUCUGUGAUUCAGAUACAAAGAGUUCAAGUGAUGGAAAUCAGAGUGAUAGAGCUGUCCAAGUAAAGAAAUCGGUCAAAAAACUCAAGAAGAAAAAGGUAAAGCAACAGCAUGAACUCAACAGCAGUCAAUCUGAUUCCGAUGAUGAUACUGAAAAUGAUGCUAAGAAAAUUACUAAAAUGGGGAAGAAAAAACGCAGCACUUCUAGUCAAUCAAGUGGUGGUGAUUCAGACACAAGUUCCCGAAGUAAUGGUCCAAGCGACAAAGCUGAAAAUGUAAAGCCCAGAGAAAAAUUGGAACAACGGAUGUCAGCAAAAAUGGCUGAACAACAAAUGAAGGAAAUACAAAGCGAAUCGCAACGAAUGGCACGACAGCUUAGUGUUAACAUUCCGUAUCACAAACCGAAGCAACAUUCACUGACAGAAUUCUUAAGUCGGCGGAGUAUUGUUGAGCAGCAGGAAAAAUUAUCAAAAAAACCGAUCAAAAUGACAAAUGAAGAAUUAAUUGAAUUCAUGGAUGUAUUGGAAAAACGUACACAAGAAGCCGAAAACUUUUUCCAAGAAGAAGAAGAAGAAAAUAAAGAGUCAAAUACAAAUUUAGAUGAUAUUAUUAUGGACAACAAUGAAAAUGGCAACGAUAAUAAGAAUGAAAAUUCAAACAAUGAUGUGGAAGAAACAGAACCAACACAAUUAGAAGAAGCUGCACAGUUUCACGUCGAUACCGUGGAAAAUAAUGAAGAAAACGACAUCAAUAAUCAUGGGAUAACUGAAAUGAUGGGUGGUGAUGGUGAAAUUACGGAUCAAAAUGAAUUCAAUGCCGCGGUAUCAGAGAUUGAAGCAUUUUCAAAUGCGCUCGAUGUCCAAUUGGAAACAAUACCAAUGAACAAAGACAAGGUCAAACUUUCAAUACCAACCGAUCAUGUUCCCAAAUUGAAGGGUGAAAAAGGGUUUGUUAUCGAUUUUGAAACAAAUGAUUUAAAACCGAUGCAGAAAACGGGUGUCGAUGAACUUUUGGAACGAUUCAAAAAGAAUGUACAAGCUAAUCCACAUGCAAAUGAUACUCAAGAUUUUAGCAUAUUCCAAACGGAUACUUGCACUUUGGAACGGCAUACAGUACAUUUGAAUAAAGACGAUAGCAAAUCUAAAAAGGAAGCCCGGCCAGGAGAAAGUCUUUUUAAAUUGCGAACUGAGCUUAGUAAAAAAAUCAAGGAGAAAAGAGAAGAAAGGAUUGCUCAACAGUUGCAAGAGGGAAUGAAAUAUGAAUUACAGCGAAAACAAAUGGAAAGUGAAGACGAAGAAUUUUAUGAUGACGACGACGAUGAUGAUCAGAUAACAGACCCUGUUGAACUAGCAGAAGAGGAUGUGAUUGAAGAAGAAACUGAACAAAAUGAUGUAAUUAAUGAAGAAGAAUCUGAGAGCAGUGGAGAAAGUGAGAAUGAUGAAGACCAGACUGAAAAGACAGAAGAUCAUACACUAGUUGACACUGGUGAUCUUCGAAAGCAACGUAAACGCAUUCUAACAACAAUCGAUGAUGAUUCAGAUGAAGAUACAGCAAAUUCUAUUGUAGCGAUUGAUGAUGAAACACAACAAAUGGAGUGUUCAGAAUCUAAUACCACAGUCGCCAACAUAUCGGCUCUUGAAUCUGAAAUUUUACAGCUUAGCAAUUUAACCGAUCCGGAAUCAAACAAAAAAGAUUCAUCCACCAAGCUGUUCGAAGAAUUCAACGAAGAUGAAGAGAUCGGUGAAUCACAGCUUAUGGCUCUAUGCUCUGGAACGUUUGCCACUCAGAAUGUAGAAAACGAACUAUCUCGAGAUGUCGAGCCAUCUCAAGCUAAUCAAUCGAAAUCGUUGAUCGCACAAGUGACGGAACCUGAAACUGUUCAGAAUAAACCACAAUUUUUACUAUCAGAUGAAGAAGAAACAAAUGAACGUGUUGGCGUAACGCAAAGAACUAAAAAGAAGAAAAGGCACACAGUAGUAUAUUCAGAUGAUGAAGAAGAAGAAUCAGAGGCCUUUGUGUCUAGGGAAGGAGAAACUAGCAACCGUAUGGAAAGUGACGGAGAAGUUUCAUCUUCUUCAGAAGAUAUUGGUGAACGUUAUAUUGAAUAUGAUUCCGAUGAAAAUGAAAUUGAAGUAGAAUUGAAAAAAAGUGAGGUGCGAAAAAAAGCGUCCGAGUUUUUUGAAAAUGAAGCCGAGCUAUCCGAAUCUGAGUGGGGAAGUGAUGAUGAAGACGAAAACGAGAAGGAAAUGAAUCGAUAUGAAGCUGAAUUGGGAGACACUGAUAAAUUUGACAAAACAAAAUUGCGUGAUGAGCUUGAAAGAAUUCGAUUGCGAGAACAAAUUGACCAAGACUCAAAAGAAAUCCGCAUUUUGACGGAACGCUUUAUAGAAGAAGAGGACAACGGCCAAGAACGAGAGCGAAAAUUCCGAUGGAAACAUUUGAACAAUGGCGAAAACAAUGAUGAUCAAAUGCAGAAUGUGGAUAACGAGGCAACGGACCUACACAAUAGUGACGACGAAAAUGAAUCGGAAUGGCGACGUAUUCGAUACGAACGCGAAAAGCUAUUGAAAGAGCAAACAUAUGAUAAAGACAUGACUGCUGUUAUGGCUGCCGAACAUGUACAACUUGAAACUGUUGCUGACCAAACUACAGUCGAAAGUUCACUCAAUACUAGCAAACGCAUUGCAAUUAUAAAGCCAGUAAGUGCUGCUUCAUCAAAAACUGCGUCGCCUUUUUUGAUCACAAGAAGUGAUUUGCAUACAAUGCACCACAGUCGAAAGUCGUUUUUAAAUCGAGAUAGUCCAAUUUUGGAAAAGUUGGUAUGUUUGUCUAAAACUGGGAGUGAUAAUGACGCAAUAUUGAAUACUGCCAAAGGAAAAGGAAAUUAUAUUUUUGUAGCGACCGAAAAGACAGAUAGUUCGAAACGAAAAUCGGAGAGCAGCAUGGAAGCGAAUAAUCCGAGCAAAAAAUCAAAAACAGACAUUCUGAAGACUGAAAAACUGAGACCGCAAACAAAAGCAUUUUUUGAUUCACUUAGUUGAGUUUAUUAAGGUUAAUUCAUAGUAUGGUAAAAAAUUAUUGUAAAAAUUUUUUUCUUCAACUUAAAACUUAUAAAAUGAACAAAUUGUAUUUGCAUUUUCA